AGAUGUGCUUAAGCUUGCGUCACACAUCUGCAGACCUCAAAUGUUGCAGCGAGAGGAGCAGAGCAGAGAAAGACUAGUGGGGAAAAGUUUGCAAAAGGAUCAGGACUAACCUGGACAGCCCUGUAGACUGAUUUUAUGUGUCCGAAAAGUCCUUUCUGCACUUUUUGAUCUUUCGCAACCAUUGUAUUUCACUGUUGGUAUACAUAUUCGAGAUCGAAAAGGACUUUAACAAUCAUGGAACUGCUUUGUCUCGAGAUGGACACCAUUGUAAGAGCCCGUCCUGACCCGAAUCUUCUAUAUGAUGACAGGGUACUACAGAGCUUGUUGACCAUCGAAGAGAGGUUUCUUCCCCAGUGUUCAUAUUUUAAAUGCGUUCAGAAAGACAUUCAGCCCUUUAUGCGGAGGAUGGUGGCAACUUGGAUGUUGGAGGUCUGCGAGGAACAGAAAUGCGAGGAAGAAGUUUUUCCACUGGCUAUGAACUACUUGGACCGAUUUUUAGCGGUGGUACCAACAAGAAAAUGUAACUUGCAGUUGCUCGGAGCAGUGUGCAUGUUUCUUGCGUCUAAAUUGAAAGAGACGCGUCCAUUAACUGCAGAGAAGCUGUGCAUCUACACUGAUAACUCAAUCAGACCGCAGGAACUGCUGGAAUGGGAGCUGGUUGUCCUGGGCAAAUUGAAGUGGAACCUGGCUGCUGUCACUCCCAAUGACUUUAUUGAACACAUUAUGAGGAAACUUCCGCUGCCUGAGGAUAAGCUGGACCUGAUCCGUAAACAUGUGCAAACUUUCAUCGCCCUUUGUGCAACAGAUUUCAACUUUGCCAUGUACCCUCCAUCCAUGAUUGCAACGGGCAGCGUGGCAGCGGCUAUCUGUGGCCUGCAGCUCAACAGCACUAACCGCUCACUGUGGGGAGACAACCUUACAGAGUUGCUCGCCAAGAUCACAAACACAGAAGUUGACGUGUUAAAGGCGUGCCAGGAGCAGAUUGAGAGAGUGUUGAUGAAUAACCUGAGGGAGGGUCGCCGGCAGCAGCAGAAACAGCAGCAGCAGGAACAGGGUGGCCCUCGCAGCAAAGCACUUGAUGACCAGGACCAGUCCAGCACCCCAACCGAUGUACGAGACAUCAACUUGUGAGCUUGCUGCAGGAACGCUGUGAUCAGUCUUCAAGAAAAAAAAAAAACAACAAAAAACAAAAAUGACAAAAAAACAAACAACCCCAACAAAAAGUGCUUGCUAGUCUUUGUAGAGUUUUAUCUUCAUUUUCCAGUAAAAAAAAAUACUCCCGUAAAUGACAAAAAAAGAAAAAAAAUACGAAGCUAUUUUAGAUACAAAAAAAUAGAUAUUUUUAAAAUGAUUUGAUAAUGAUGCAAAAAGCUCUACGGUGCCUCAGACUCUUAGAAGGGAAGCGUGUAGUAUUUUGCAAACUCUUUUGAUUGUGUAAACAUAAUAAUAUGAUAUUUAAUGCAAAAGUGAUAGCGUUAAGGGCUUUUCAAAAUAGAGAGUCUACUGUAUCAGACUAGCUUGAAAGGGUACAAAAAGUGGGGCUAUGUUUUUUUCCUGUUUUGUUGUGAUUUUUUUUUUUUUUUUUUUUUUUUUUUGGUUCAUUUUGGAAUGCCUGAACUUGAACACACAUUGAGGUGCCAUGAGUCUGAAUGAACGCACCCAUUCACUUGGCUGUGUACUAAGAGUGCAUUAGGACCAGAAAGGGGGAUUAAAAAGGAGUGGUGAGACACAAGUCUUAUGCUAAGAACGCAGGGCUCUUUUGCUAGGGCAACAGGGGCUUAUAUCAUGAUAACAGACUAUUAAUAUUAUUUUAAUAUGAUGAUGAUGAUUAUUAUUAUUCCUGUUAAACAAGCAAGUUAUUGUCUCCCAAUGAUAAAGUUACAGAUACUUCAAAUAAGCUUUUGUCAAGCUGCUUGUGUGCAUGCAUUUAUGUGUGGUGUAUGUUGGCUCAUGUGCAAGCGUGUACAAGUUACCCUAUAUCAGGCACUCUUGUGUGAGUCAUGUGGGCUUUGUUUAAUCAUCUAUCUGCAAGAGUUUGGUCAUAGAGACGGAUUCAAUGGUAGGCACAUGGUCUGGACAGGGAUAGCAAAUGAUUCCACGAUGCUUUGAGGGCCUCCUGUAUCAGUGCCUUAUAUUAAAUGCUUUUAUUUACUGGCCUGGAAACUGCUUGAGGGCUGAGCCCAACCCAGUGCACAGAACAAGAGGAGGCAAGAAAAGGGAGCGGACAGAGACGGCUACGUUCCCUCAUUUCUUCUAAAGUCAAGAGUUUAAAAUUUGUGGGUAAGGUCGUGCUUUGGGGCAGCUUCCCACUAAAUAUUACAGUUGUAUUGUGUACAGUUUAUUACGUUAUUACGUAUUUUGUUGUGAGCGUGUUGAAGGAGCCUUAGGCUGAUUUGUGUUUGGUCCCACCAGGGACUGAGAGAAGAGUCAAGGAGUUGCAAAUUUUGCAAAUUCAAUUAGCAGUAAAGGAAUGUGUAGGCAAGAAUGAUCGAGGAUGAUGACGAUGAAGCUUGGUUAGUUUGAGGUGUAAAGCAUGCUGCUGAGAUGAGGAUGCUGAGUUAGGAGAAGCAGGAAAGGAGGCCAAAGGAGAAACAACAGCUAUUAUGGUUUCCAUAAAUCACCUGAUAUUUAAGAUCUUUAAUCUAUUUGUCUGUUUAUUUGUUUGUCCUUUAGUUUUUAUGUCUCAUGUUUGAAUUACAGACCAGUAUCUAAACCAGUUUCAUUGAUACUGCCAGCUCAUAACUGGGGAAAGGUUACUCCAUCGGUGUCAGUUUAGAGAGCAUAUUUUAACAAAUGGUUAUGAUUAAGGGGUCUUUUUUUUCCUUUUUCUUUUUUUGGGCUGGUUUCCCAUGUUUAGAUCAUGGCGUGUUCGGUUCAUUAUAGCGUUAAUGCAUUGGAAACCAAUGUAUGACAAAAGCAACAAAAUAAUAGUAACCAAAAAACAGACAACAAAAAGAUAGAAAACCGAUCAAAAUGAAAAAAAAAAAAAUGUUUGUUGGUUUGCACGCUCCAAGGGCAGUUUUCUUGAAAUUUGAAAAGUUGAAUUUGUGCAACUGCACCAUUGCAGAAAAAAAGUUAUAUAUAGUGCCUUGAGUCUAAUGUAGACUUUCACCCUGUUUUGCUGAGCUUAAGCAUAAUAUCCACUACCCAGCCAUCCAAAAUAUGCUGCUUCCAAAGGUUGAACUGGCAUGGGAUUUGAAAACUUCCAAAAGUCAUUACAGUGUCCAAAAACAGGGUGCAUCAGUAGCACAAAACGCCUUUCAUAUGCUGAAUUCUCAUAGCUUACCUUGAAAAGGGGCAGUCGAGCUUAGGUUUGUGUCCGUCUACACGUGCGUGUGUUUGUGUGCAUGUCUUUCUGUGUGUAAAGGAGGCGUAUAUACGUUUCCUUUGACCAGAAACAAUUCUUAGUGAUGCUUGAGUUUCACAAGUCACAUUUCCUCCAUCCUCACACCAAAACCCCUGUCAAUCUUAUUGUAUUAAGUUAAUCUGUCUUAUUAUUUUCCCAGCUCUGCUCUGAAAAUGAAUUAAAGUACUGUUAACAGAUUGUAUGGUUAGCUAUGUCGUUUGAGUUUGAAUAUGGACUGAAGUUACGUUCAUUAAGGGGUGUGAUACUGUAUCCAAAGUGAUGAGAGAUGGAAAGGGUGUGAAGACAUAAAUCAAGUGUCAAUAUUGUUAUUGAGUUAUUAUUGUUUUUUUCCGCUGCUAAAAAGCUAUGAUUUUUUUGUUUGUUUGUUUCAUCUUAUACACAAAAAUAACAUUACAUAGUUGUGAUGUCACAUCAGUGUGCUGCUAUUUUAUAAACAAUUGUAUUAUAAUUAUUUUACUGCUUACAGAAUACUUUGAGAAUACAGAAGUAGAGGGUAAAAGAAGAACAUGAAAUGAGUAUUUGACUGGAAAUGCUCUUUGUACAGUGUGCUUUUAUAAAGGCAUGUUUCUUUACCUUUUAGUCUUUUUUCCUCCUCUUCUUUCUCUGUCACAUUCUGUAAGUACGGUAUCUCUAUACCUCAGGUUUACUGGACAUAAAAGACUUUUCCAUUACCUCACACAACUCACAACAGUUUUUUUGGGAACCUGGAAAGGACAGCACAUAGAAGAGGUUAUGAUAUUUCUGCUGUGUCUGAUGUAGUAAAUACAGUGGAAUUUGAUGUAGAUGAAUAGAAAGCUUACAAGGCUCCCACCUGGACAUCAAAAAUAGUGGAUGGAGGAGGUGACGAACAAUUAACAAUGGCUUAUGUGCUCAGCCCAUAUCAGUGGAUAUAAACCUGGUAUCAAUAAAGCAACAACAAUGAGAAAAGGCCUCCUCCCUCCACUAUGACCAUAUCAUGUACCUCAGUUAUGUCUGUUGCACAACCUCUGUUCAAUAAAUAUCUGCUUUAAAGAGUGUGGUGCUAUGUUGGUCCUAUGUUAUUCUUCCCUUUUAUUGGCAAUGUUAAUGGUGAAAAUAACAAUGGGAAUCUAUCCAGUAUGUUAUAACCUGGUAGAGAAUGACUGUAUAGAUUGAGUGUCGAUAAUCUGACACAGACUGGGUUAAAAUUAUACAUUUCAUAAAUGAAACAGGUUGAUCUUUUUUGUUCAGCCAUGUUUCCUUACAUAAUUAUCCGCUAAAUGAUUAUAAUUAAGUUGGAAAUUGUUACAAUUGAUUUUUAAGAGAUGGAUUAUGAGGUAAAGUCAUUAGGGCUUGGCAACUCUGUGGAUAUUCUUUGGAUUUCUGUUGAACUCAAAUAAUUUGUCAUUGAGAGCAUGAAUGAAGUUAAAGGAGAGGACAUGCUGUAUGCUAAGGUCAAUAAACUUACCAUGAAAGAA